AUGUCCACAGCUGGAAUUUCAGAAAUUUUGGGAUCAUUGCUCCAGCUGGAGGAAAACUUCUCCUCCUGCCUGGCCCGGAUCGACGCCCUCAUCCUCAAACCUCUGCUCCAGGCAGAAUUCCCAAAUUUUCCCAGUUCUAUUGGGAAUUCUGUGGUGAAGAGUCUGUAUUUCGUCACCUUCGCCAACUUUGUUGUGGUCCAGGGCUUCGAGCAGGCCGCCAAGAGCAAGAGCGAGGCCUGGAAGCUGCACAAGGCGGUGCUGAAGGAAUUCCUGCGGGAUUUCACCUCGGAGAGCUCCCUGGGCCUGGCCCUGCACUUGGUGCUCCACAAACCCUUCCGGGAGCACAACCAGGGCUACCUGCAGCUCCUCUCGCAGCUCCAGGAGCAGCUCCAGGAGGGGUCGGAGCGGGAUGUGGUGGCCACUGUGGCACAGGAAUUCGGGAAGCUGGAAUCCUUCAUCGGCCAGGUCCUGGAUGAAGCUGCCUUCACCAAGGAGCUCUGGAAAUCCCUGGGCUACAAAUUCACCGAUGUGCUGUGUGUCCCCGAGAGGAGGCUCCUGGAGGACAGCAGGAACCUUCCCAUCGCUUCCGGCACCACCCGCUCCGAGCGGCUCCUGCUCUUCGACGACGUCCUGGUGCUCAUCCAGGGAAAUAGCUUCCAGAGUUUUGAUCUGAAGCUGGUGUGGGUGGAUGAAAACUGUGGAGAGAAAUCGGCUCCAGGAUUGCACAGCCUACGCAUCACAACCCCGGAAGAGACGUUCGUCCUCUCCACCAAGGACCCUCAGAUGAAGGCCGUGUGGCGGUGGAAGCUGGAGCAGGCCGUGCGCCAGGCGCUGAACGGGAAGCGGGAUUUUCCGCUCUGGGGCCGCAGCGGGGAAGGCAGCGAGGCCCCGUCCCGCCGCUUCUUCACCUAUGUCUUCCGCAUGGAGGGACGGCUCCGCGGGGCCACCUACGAGGGCGAGUGGCUCUGGGGGAAGCCCCAUGGCAAGGGGACGCUGAAGUGGCGCGACGGACGCAACCAUGUCGGGGAUUUCCAGGAGGGCCUGGAGCACGGGUUUGGGAUCUGCCUGGUCCCGCGGCGCUCCGAGGACCGCUACGACUGCUACAAGUGCCACUGGUACCAGGGCAAGAUGAAGGGUUAUGGAAUCUGUGAGUAUGGGAAUGAUCUGGUCUACAAGGGCUACUUCAAGGACAACGUGCGCCAAGGGUUUGGGAUCCUGGAGAACUUCUCGGCUGAGCGUCCCUUCAAAUACACAGGACAGUGGGAAAACGACAAAAAGAACGGAUACGGAGUCUGGGAAGACAAGGAGAGAGGGGAGAGGUACAUCGGGAUGUGGUUGGAUGACCACAGACACGGAGAAGGCAUCGUGGUGACUCAGUCAGGGCUCUGCUACCAGAGGACAUUCCAUGCGGAUAAAAUGGUGGGUUCGGGAAUUCUGCUCCUGGAAGACAACUCCGUCUACGAAGGGAACUUCACGGAAGAUCUGACAUUUGUUGGAAAGGGCAAGCUCUCCUUGGCCAACGGCUUCGUGCUGGAGGGGACGUUCAGCGCGCGCGGCGGCCGCGGGCUCAGCACCCACGGCGUGCUCAGCACGGCCAGCGAGCCCGAGCGGCCACCGGCCACCGACCAGCUGGGCCUCAAAGAAUUCCCAGUGGAGAAGAGAUGGACGGGAAUCUUCGAGCAAUUCCAGGAAUUCCUCCAUUCCGGCUGCAAGGAGGAAACGGAGGAAUCUUUCACGGGAUUCCACAUCCAAACCAGCAAGGAGCUGAGGAAAUCCCAGGAAUAUCUGUUCUGCCAGAGAGGCGCUGAGGAGAUUUCUUGGAAAAUUGAGGAGAUCCUGGAAGAGCUCGUCCAGCACCAGGAGCCAGAGUCGAUCCAGAGUUACUUGGAGAAGGCGUUGGAAUCUUCCCUGCAUCCCUUGGGAAAGCUGCUCAGGGCUCUGACCGUGGCGUUCCAGGCAACGUAUUCCGGGAUCGGGGCCAACCGGCACCUGCUGGCCAUGGCGCAGGAGGAGGUCAAGUUCUACUCCAAGAAAAUUUGGGAAUUCUACCGGGGUUUGCUCCGGCUGGCCCUGGAGCGGAAGGGCCGCGCGCCCUCGGAGGACGCGGAUCCCAGUCUCGGGAAGGGCUCCAGCCUGGUGCUGCCGCUGAUCCUGCCUGGAUUCUAUCCCGAGCUCUCCAUGCUCUACAUGCUCCAGCACCAGCGGGAGGACGAGCUCUACUGCCAGGGAAUCGUGGAGCUCAGCCUCUUCCCGGAUAUCCAGCUCCUGGAAUUCCUGGAUGUGCAGAAGCACCUGUGGCCUCUCAAAGAUCUCACCCUGACCUCCAACCAGAGGCGCUCCCUGAUCAAGGAUAAAUGUUUCCUGUCUGCCACCGAGUGUCUGCAGAAGCUCAUGAUCCAACACCUGGGAGCUGAAAUCCAUCUGAUCCGGGAUUUGAUGGAUCCGACCAACCAGGGAGGAAUGUUGGACUUCCUGCUGACGGCACUGGAGUCGUGCUAUGAACACAUCCAGAGGAUCCGGCUCCAUCCGAAGGAAAACUCCCACAGCUCCUGAUCCAUAGGGAAAAUGUGAAUUUUUCCGAAUUUUCUGGACCAAACCCCUCUGGAAAAAGCGGGAAUUGUAUCCCUGGCUGCCUUUAAAGGGAAGAAUUCCUCCCCAGCCGAGGUUUUCCUGAUCCCAAAAACACUGGAAGGGCUGGAAUUUUCAUCUCCAAGGUUUUUGUUUUUGUUUUGAGUUUUAUCCCCUUUUCCUGCAAAUAAUUCCCAGGAAAAAUCUCCUUUUCCUGCUCGGGAUGGGUUUUUUAUUUUUGCACUGGAAUAUUCCCAGAAAAAGAAGGAAUUUCUUAGGGAAAACCCAAUUUUUAAGAGGAUUUCUUGGACUGGGAAGGAGAGCUCAUCCCAAAACUCCUAAAAAUUCCAGGAAUGAGAGGAGAUUUUUCCCAACACUCCUUUUGCUACUUUUCCCAACUCAGGACUUCUCCAAUUCCAUUUGGAAGCUGCUAUUCCCAAAUUUCCCCAUUUUUCCCGUGCUCCAAAAUUUUUAUUUCUCCUUGGGAGACCUCAGGGGUGAUCCCACACCUUGGAUAAUCCUGUGUUUCUUUGGAAUUCUGGAGGGCUCGGAAAAAACACGGAUUUUUCCCGGAUUUUGGGAAAUUCUGGGAAAACAAGCAGAAAUUAUGGAAUAAAAACUCCAAUCGCAGCUGGAUUCGUGCCCUGCCAAUCCCGGAGGUGCUUUGUGCUCCGAGCUGGAAUUUCCCUUGGAAAAGGAAUAUUUGGGAUAUUCCCAAUGGAUAUUCGGGAUGCUGUUCCCAGCAUCCCAAAAUAAUUUAAAAAUAGCCUAAAAAAAUCUCAUUUCUUUACAGUUUUUUCAUUCUUCCUGGUAAUUUUUUCCUUAUCCAGGAAAAUAAAACUCCCCAAGCUUUUUUCCAGCUGUUUUUCCCAAGUUUUCCUGAUUUUCUAAAUUAAGGAAAGUGCUCCUUGCUAUUUUUGGAAAUGAAGAAUUGGAAAUCCAAAGCUCACAAAAAAUGGGAUUUUUGUCAUUUUUCCCUUGGGAUUUUUUAAUUUUUCCAAGGAAUUUUUUUGCUUUAUCCAUGUGACUCUGGGAAA